GUACUGUCUCCUGGACCAUCUCAUCUUUUCUUUUGGCUUCUCUUAUAUGUUUUAUGAAAACUGCCCAUGUUUACCUUGAGGUUGGAUCUCUUCCACCUGAACUUGUUUCCUUUCCUUCUCCCACCGGGUAGAGUCAAUACAUCAACAAGUUCGGAUAGUUCCUCCGCUAAAACACCUGAAAUCUAUCCCCUUCCCACCACUGCUACUGCCACCUUCCUCACCGAAGCUUGUAACAUCCCUCACCUCGACUCCCGCAGUCACCUCCAAACUGGUCUCCCUCAUUCCACCCUGGCCACCCUACAAUCCAUUCUACUACAGAACCGGUUUCAAAUGUUAACACGUCUAUUCCAUAUCUUAAAACCUUCAAUGACUUUUCAGCUUCUUACUAUGAAACUGAUGGUGUGUAAGGCCUAUCGUGCUUGGCUUCUGCCUCUACCCUUAUGACUUCAUCUCCCACCACGUCCUUGCUGCAAUGAACACUUUGGAGCCUUUCUCUCCGAGCUCUCUCCCUGCCACACUCUGGACUCAUGUAGUGACCACAUUCCUUUCAUUUCCUCAACGAGGACUCGACCCAUUGCCUCCUGACCUGGGCCCAAGCUGCCUCUCUCCUUCACUCAGCACAUUCCUGCACACCCUGUAGUUCUAGCUCAGCUACUGCUUUACUGGGAUGCCUCCUCUAACCACCCCCGGGUCCGGUUAGGUUCUCCUUGCAUGUGUACUCAUGGGCCCCUGUACUUCCUGUUGCAAAGUCCCCACCACGUGAAUUUUCACUGCUUGUUAGUGAGGAUGGGAAGAGGAAAGACGGGACCUAUGUAGACCCCCGGCAGCCAGAACCUGGUACAUAACAAGUGUUCAACAGAUGCUUCCCAUGAACCAAUAAAGACUGAUAUUAAACUCACUCUUUAUCCUGAAUAACUCACUGCAGAUAAGUGUGAAUAUGUAUUUAGCAAAGUAUUUCCAGCUCUCAUUGUAAAGUGUGGAUUUAAUCAUUUUUAACAAAUGUUUGAGUUUUUUUUCUCAAAGUCCUGAGUUAAAAACCUUCUGUGCCAUACAUUGUCGAUAAAGCCUGGGCUGACUAACCUCUACCUGAAUUUUAAAAGUCAAAGUCACGCUGACCAGAGUGGGGAACACCAGGUAGGCAACACUCCACUCAGCACCCACCCUUAAAAAGGCUUCUGUUUUUAUUUGGCUGUUUACACUGUUUUGUUUGGUUAAUUACAAAGAGGCCAAUUCUUGUUCAGUAUAUUGAGAGACCUUUCUAUAAAUAAGAGUUCUCCAAAGUGGGAAGACUUGGGAGUUGGUGAAUUCACUGCUGGGAGCCCCUGCAUGGAAAGAUCUUUUUCAGAGAGCUGUAUUUUUUGAAAGCUGUUAUUAGAGAACGGGUGGGCCAGAUGAGUUCUAAAAUCACAACUCAAAGCACCUAUAUUCCUAUAAAAUAUUUAUGAGAUGAGUCAUUUUAUUCUCUUCCCUCCUUCCCAUCCCCACCAGUGGUUGUGUUCCAUUAACUUCAAGAACACAUCCUUAUUAUUUUAUGAUUUAUAACUUUAUCUGUUCUUUAGAAAUUGACUCUAAUAUAUAAUCAUUUUAAAUCACUAGAUUAUACUAAGUAUAUGCUGCAUUUCUUUAGAAAAAUGAGCAGGCGGAAUUGUUGGAUUUGUAAGAUGUGCAGAGAUGACUCUAAGAGGCCUCCUUCAAACCUUACUUUGGAGGAAGCAUUACAGUGGGCCCAGUCUUUUGAAAAGUUGAUGGCUACGAAAUAUGGUCCGGUAGUCUAUGCAGCAUACUUAAAAAUGGAGCACAGUGAUGAAAAUAUUAAAUUCUGGAUGGCGUGUGAAACCUAUAAGAAAGUUGCCUCACAGAGGAGCAGAACUUCUAGGGCCAAGAAGCUUUAUAGGACUUACAUCCAGCCACAGUCCCCUAGAGAGAUUAACAUUGACAGUUCGACAAGAGAAACCAUCAUCAAGAAUAUUCAAGAACCCACUCAAACGUGUUUUGAAGAGGCUCAAAAAAUAGUGCAUAUGCACAUGGAAAGGGAUUCCUAUCCCAGGUUUCUAAAGUCAGAAAUGUACCAGAAACUUCUGAAGACUAUUCAACCCAACAACAAUUCUUGACCACCACUCAAAAGUUUAAAUUGAAGCUGGUAUACUGAAAGUCCUGGCUUUGUGCUUUUAAUAUAUAUAUAUAAAAAAAAAUCUGGGCUUCCCUGG